AGGUGUGAACCUGCCGUAAAAGGUUAUAUAAAUACUGUAUCCAAACAAUUCAUUCUUUGAUAUUAAUAAAAACAUAGAUAAAGUGCACAUAGAUAAAGUGCAUAUAGUGCCAGGGUGUCCAAUAACAAAUAGCUCAGAUUCAAAGAGCUGAUCCGAAGGUUUCUACCGCACUGUAGCCUCGCGACGAUCAGAAGAAUUUAGGAGUAUUCAAGAGUGAUAAUGCCCGCCGUAGUGAACUCCUCGCUCAUCUAUGAAAUUCUCAUGUACCUGAACUCCUUUUACUUCGGCAUGUUCGCUGUAUGUGAACUGUGCAUGGGGCUGUUCAAGGCUGCGAAUAUACCAUCACCGGGCGCAAGCAAGACUCUGACAGAGUUCGCGCUUCUAUUUUUCUUGAUAGUGACGGAGAGCGGCAGGAUUUAUUUGGGUAGAAAAGGAAAUCUAACUGAGCGUGGACUACCAAUUCUCAUCGGAAUCGUCCUGACUAUUCCCAGCUCGCUAGCUACGCUCUACUUUCUGCUCUGGCAGUACUACGUACUCAGGUUGGAAGUGAUUCUCUGCAGCAUACAGCUGGUCCUGCUGUCGUCCGAGGUGAUCAUUGCGAUCAUGUGCCUUAUAGCAAUCUACCGACCACCAGCCCCAGUGAAAUAACUUUGUUAUCGUUUCUGAUAUUUUAGUCGCAUGAUGACUAUUAUUUUAUACCUUUCACGUUUAAUAUUCCAUUCCGUAUAUCAUCGAUUCGCGCGUCAAGACCAAAAUCAAAGUUUUCGACACCGCUGUUUUUGACAUAUGAUAAGACUUUUCUUGCUGUGUACGAUUUUUAUUAUAUCUAUACGUAUAAACAAUAGUCCUGCAUGGGAGAGAAUCAGGUCAUUUUCCCUGAAUAAAUCCAUCCCGAUAUAAAUCCAUUCUGCAUAAUAGCUUUACUACAAAUUUUUAAUAAAAAUAAAGACUAGUCAUUAAAAUAAGAUUUAUAUGUUACUUGUACAACUUCUGUAAUUAUAAGAUUAUGAAUACU